AUGGGUUUCCAAGAUGUCUGCUCCUGGGUUUUCAAGAUGUCUGCUCCCAGGUUUCUAAGAUGUCUGCUCCCGGGUUUCCAAGAUGUCUUCUCCCGGGUUUCCAAGAUGUCUUCUCCCGGGGUUUCCAAGAUGUCUUCUCCCGGGGUUUCCAAGAUGUCUGCUCCUGGGUUUUCAAGAUGUCUGCCCAUGGGUUUCCAAGAUGUCUGCUCCCGGGUUUCCAAGAUGUCUUCUCCAGGGGUUUCCAAGAUGUCUUCUCCCGGGGUUUCCAAGAUGUCUGCUCCGGGGGUUUCCAAGAUGUCUUCUCCCGGGGUUUCCAAGAUGUCUUCUCCCGGGGUUUCCAAGAUGUCUGCUCCCGGGGUUUCCAAGAUGUCUUCUCCCGGGUUUCCAACAUGUCUUCUCCCGGGUUUCCAAGAUGUCUUCUCCUGGGUUUUCAAGAUGUCUGCCCCCAGGUUUCUAAGAUGUCUGCUCCCGGAUUUCCAAGAUGUCUACCCCGGAGUUUCCAAGAUGUCUUCUCCCGGGGUUUCCAAGAUCACAGAGCGGGACAGAAACAGACUGAACAAGCUGGUCAGGAGGGCCAGCUCCACUCUGGGCUGCUCCCUGGACUCUGUGGAGGAGGUGAGGGACAGGAGGCCCCUGGACUCUGUGGAGGAGGUGAGGGACAGGAGGCCCCUGGACUCUGUGGAGGAGGUGAGGGACAGGAGGCCCCUGGACUCUGUGGAGGAGGUGAGGGACAGGAGGCCCCUGGACUCUGUGGAGGAGGUGAGGGACAGGAGGCCCCUGGACUCUGUGGAGGAGGUGAGGGACAGGAGGCCCCUGGACUCUGUGGAGGAGGUGAGGGACAGGAGGCCCCUGGACUCUGUGGAGGAGGUGAGGGACAGGAGGCCCCUGGACUCUGUGGAGGAGGUGAGGGACAGGAGGCCCCUGGACUCUGUGGAGGAGGUGAAGGACAGGAGGUGCUAG